UAUAGAAAGAAAAGAGUGUGGAUGUCAAGUGGAUGUACAUUGCUGACAAAAAUUAUUUAAUAAAAUCCUAAAUUUGUGCCUUUUAAAGCCUGAAAAACGCUAUUAAAGUGUUGUGUACUUGCUCAUAAUGUCUUAUAAUUAUGAAGACCUUAGCAUUAGUGAAGCUAAAGAUUUGUUAAGGCAGUGGAGGGAAGGUAACGAAAGACGCAGUGAUGAAGUUAUGGACUUAUGGACCGAUGUUGUGGAACAAAAUGUUGACAAACUUGGAAAUGAGAAGCAUGUAAUCUUAGAACAAGUGAUCUAUGCAGCCCUGGACACACACCAAUAUGGCUAUGCUAACUACUGCAUCAUUCUGUUGAGCAAUGAGUUUCCAGGCAGUAUGAGAGUCAUGCGGUACAAGGCUCUACUGCUGGAGGCUACAGAGAAAUAUGAUGAAGCCAUUACAGUCUUGGAGGGCAUAAUCAAAGCUGAUGAAACAAAUGCUGCAGCUAGAAAGCGACUGGUUGCCAUCCUGAAGGCACAAGGCCAGAUCAACCAGGCCAUUAUUGAACUAGUGGAUUAUCUCAAGAAGUUCAUGUCGGACGUGGAGGCGUGGCAGCAGCUCUGCUCUCUCUACCUGCAGACGGGCGAGUACGCGCGCGCCGCGUUCUGCGCCGAGGAGGCGCUGCUGCACCAGCCGCAUCACCACCUGCUGCAUCAGAGGCUCGCUGAUAUACGGUACACCAUGGGAGGCAUUGAGAACAUUGAGCUUGCAAAGACGUACUACUGCCAAGCUCUGAAACUGAAUCCUGACAACAUGAGGGCUCUCCUUGGACUGGUGCUGGUGACGAACACCCUACUGAACCACUACAAGUCUAGCGGCAACGCGGGCAAGCGCAAGGAGGUCCAGAAGCUGUCGCAAUGGGCCGCCGCCGCCGCCGCGGGCCGCCAGCAGGGCAACGACCUGUCGCAGAUGAUGACGUCACUCGCCAUCACAGAGUAGAUAUUUUAUUUGGGUAUGGAAGUAUGGAAACAUAGCACGGAGUAAUAAACGCAAACGAGAUGAAAAGACAACUUUUUAACUCUCGAGCUUCAAAUUUUUGUCUUGUCAUGUCAGUCUUGCUCGCCGUGCUACGUGCACUAGUUUUACUGAAGAAUAUUGUGUAAGGGAUAAAAUACAUUUUGUAUUGAGAUCGAAUGGACUUGGAGAAAGUUAAAUUUCAAGGUCCAAAUUACUUUUUUCACUUAGUGCAAAUUUUAUUUAUUGUGUACACUAUCUGAUUAAAGGGUUUUACUAAGGUAUUUGUUCCAAUGUUUACGUGUAUUACGAUGUACUGUACGGUGUAAGUUAUAUUUAUGCUGUAUUAUAAUAUUAUUUCCAUUUAUCUAAGAAUAAGAACACUAUAAAAAUGUUUUAUGUUACCAAUAUAA